UCCUCAUUUUAUUUCCAUUGUGUUUCAAAAAAAAGGAAAAUCAUUUUAUUCCCACUUCCCGUGGAGAAAUAAACCCUAAACCCUCUUCUCCAAGUCUUUCAGCUUCUUACGAAUCCCACAGUUUAACUCUUCUCACAAAGACCGAUUCCUGUCAGACUCUGUAGUAAACUAAAAACCACACCAAGAUUCUUGUGAUGAAAAUAGCACACGCAUACAUACAUAUGCGAGCCGAAUGAUCCAGAGAUCAUCUCUCCCUUCCUUGGCGUCAAUCGAUACUCUCUUGAGGCUCUGCAAAUCUGAGGUCCAGCUUCGUCAAAUCCAUGCCAGAAUCAUCCGUAAAGGUCUUGAGCAAGACCAGAAUCUCGUCUCCAUCUUCCUCUCGUCUUCUUUUUCCUCUCUUCCUUACUCAUCCUCUGUUUUCGAGCGUGUUCCUCAUCCUUGCACUCAUCUCUGGAACUGUCUCAUCAAAGGAUACUCUAAUAAGUUUAUCUUCUUUGACACGGUUUCGCUUCUUGUCCGUAUGAUGAGAGCAGGCUUGGCGCGACCCGAUGAGUAUACUUUCUCUUUGGUUAUGAAAGUUUGUGCUAACAACGGGCAGGUUCAUGUUGGUUCAUCGGUUCAUGGGUUGGUUCUGAGAAAUGGGUUUGAUAAAGAUGUGGUCUUGGCCACAAGUUUUGUUGAUUUCUAUGGCAAAUGCAAGGAUUUAUCGAGCGCACGUAAGGUGUUCGGUGAAAUGCCUGAGAGAAAUGCGGUUUCUUGGACUGCUUUAAUCGUAGCGUAUGUGAAAUCUGGAGAGUUAGAGGAAGCGAAGAAGAUGUUCGAUGUCAUGCCUGAGCGUAAUAUUGGAUCUUGGAAUGCUUUGAUCGAUGGGUUUGUCAAGUCCGGAGAUUUGGUCAAUGCUAAGAAGUUGUUUGACGAAAUGCCUAUGAAAGACAUAAUUUCAUAUACCUCCAUGAUUGAUGGAUAUGCUAAAGGUGGUGAUAUGCGUUCUGCUCGGGUUUUGUUUGAGGAAGCGAGUGAUGUUGAUGUUAGGGCAUGGUCAGCUUUGAUAACGGGUUAUGCGCAGAACGGCCAGCCAAUCGAGGCGGUAAAGAUGUUUUACGAAAUGUGUGAGAAGAAUGUCAAACCUGAUUUGUUUAUAAUAGUGAUUUUGAUGUCAGCUUGUUCCCAGAUGGGUAGCUUUGAGUUAUGUGAACAAGUUGAUACUUAUCUGCACCAAAUCAUGGUGAACAGAUUUUCUAGUCAUUAUGUUACACCUGCUUUGAUAGACAUGAAUGCCAAGUGCGGCCACAUGGACAGAGCAGCCAGACUGUUCGAAGAGAUGCCUAAGCGGGAUCUUGUCUCGUACUGUUCGAUGAUGGAAGGAAUGGGUAUUCAUGGGUCUGGAAGCGAAGCUGUUCGGCUGUUUGAGAGAAUGGUAGAGGAAGGUAUUGUUCCCGAUUCUGUUGCCUUCACUGUAAUAUUGAAAGUUUGUAGCCAAGCUAAGCUUGUUGAGGAUGGCUUAAGGUACUUCGAGUUGAUGCGAAACGAAUAUUGUAUUGUGGCAUCCCCUGAUCAUUAUUCCUGUGUUGUAAGCCUUCUUUGCCGGUCAGGAAAGCUUAAAGAAGCCUAUGACCUUAUUAAAGCCAUGCCUGUGGAACCUCAUGCUAGUGCCUGGGGUUCGGUUCUGGGUGGUUGUAGUGUGCAUGGAGAUUCUGAGAUAGCUGAAGUAGUUGCAAGGCGGCUCUUCGAGCUUGAGCCGCAAAGUGCUGGUAACUAUGUGCUUUUGUCAAACAUGUACGCAGCUUUAGACCGGUGGGCAGAUGUAGCUCUUGUUAGGGAUAAGAUGAAGGAGAAUGGGAUUAAAAAGAUUUCUGGUCGAAGUUGGACAGGUCGAUAAGCACUACUUGGCAUCUAACCGUGUCAAUGGAAGUCUUUGCUUAACCUAAACAAGACAUUCAAGCAAAAGGACCUAAAGUAGUUCUAUCAUUUAUAGCACUGAUUUCUAGUUUGUAAAUAUGUUUCACUUCUUUUGAUGAAGUCAUUUACUUAAACAGAACCCGCCUGAGACAGCACUGCGUCCACUGAUUUUAUCACCUUGUCGAAUGUUUCAGAGACGUGAGAUUCUGUUCAAACUGAGAAACAUUAAGAGAGAUGAUUCGAGUGACAUGUAGAUUGCUAGAGGAUUGAGAUAUACUUCAUCAGUAUGCUUUUGAACA